UAGCAUAAAUCUUUAAAAUUUAAGGUGAAGACAUGUUUUAAGGUUAGGACAAGGUUGUGUGUGACACAGAGAGAACAUGUGUGUGACUGAGUGUAAGGGGUGAAAAGAGGUACUGUGCAGCAUACAACUAACAGGCAUGUAAGAUAAAGAUCAAAAUGCAAAUGGAAAGCAGUUUAAGAAGGUCUGAGAUGACUGCAUUUGAUAGAGUUGAUAGAGUAGAAGACAAAUAUAUUAGUACUGGAAGACAAAAUUUAUAUUUAACAAUAUAAUUAAAUAGACAACAUAAGAGCCCUGUAAUAAAUACUGCCCCAAUGAAGGUUAUUUCAGCUUUUGCUGAGACUUCAUCAGAACUAAGUUUAAUAACAUCCAGUAAUUUAAAUUUUCUGAGAUGUUCCUGUCUCUGUGCAUGACUUAAUAGCUUAUCACGAAGCUGUGGCAGCAAUAGUAGAGCUGUUUCAUUGGCAGCUGCACGAGCGUAGAAGGAGGAGUGAUUAGAGAGAGAAUGACUAAGGCAGCAACUGAUAGAGAUCAGCUUAGAAUAAAAACAGACUCUCAUCGCACCAGAAAAAUGACGAAUGUUAGCAAAACUUCAGAUUCAGCUUGGCUGGAGGAGGCUAAAAGACACCUGCCUAUGGUCUCUGUGGUCCUCUACUCCAUGAUAUUCAUUUUCGGGACUCUGGGCAAUGGUUUGGUCAUCUACGUGACAGGCUGCAGAAUGAAGAGAACAGUCAACUCAGUUUGGUUUCUCAACUUGGCCCUGGCUGACUUCCUCUUUACAGCCUUCCUGAUUUUCUCGAUUGUUACUGUUUCUCAGGAGCAUCAAUGGUAUUUUGGACAUUUCAUGUGCAAGCUCAACAGCUUUGUGACUGUGGUCAGCAUGUUUGCCAGCAUCUUUAUUUUGAUGGCCAUAAGUCUGGAUCGUUGCCUGUCCAUCUGGGUGGUGGUGUGGGCACACAACAAGCGCACCGUUCGCAAAGCUCAGCUCAUAACUGCUGUCAUCUGGGUGAUCUCUGCAGUCUGCAGCACCCCUUAUGCCAGUUUCCGUGAGGUUAUGACAUAUGAUAGGAAGAAUUACUGUGGUUAUACGCAUGAGGCACCAGUUUGGAGUCUCACCAUUUUUCGCUUUGUUAUGGGGUUCUUCAUCCCAUUCCUGGUAAUCUGCAUCUCUUAUGUGGCCAUAGGUGUUCGUGCAAAGCGCCUGCAGAGAACAAGGAAACGUCGAUCUGGCCGAAUUAUUUUUGCCAUCAUUUUUGCAUUCUUCAUCUGCUGGUUGCCCUUCCAUGUUGUAAAUUUUAUAGAGACCACAAAUCCAGAUCUCAGGAAGGUUAUUCACGUUGUAGGACCUCUAACAGUGUGUCUGGCUUUUAUGAACAGCUGCCUGAACCCCAUUCUCUAUGUUUUCAUGUGUAAUGAGUUCCAGAAGAAGCUCAAGCAGUCUGUAUGCUUUGUCCUAGAGAGCGCCCUGGCAGAGGACCACUUGUCAUUUAUGUCCUCUCGCUCUUUGUCCUCACACCUCUCAAGGAUUUCCCGGAAGUCUGAAUCUGCUUCACCUCCAGAGAGGAAAGACACAGCUACUUCAUUAAACUUCACAGAAUGCAAAGUUUUCAUCACUGAGGACAGAGAGACAAUGGGCACUGAGUAAGACCACCACAUCCAGCAGGCUAUGUAAAUUGUAAUCAAUCAACUUUUAAUCAGAGUGGAGGAGAUCACUUGCUGACAACUGGCAUCUCAGAUGAAUUCAGGCUUUGAGUAUUUACAUUGUGUUACUGUUUUUAUAUGUUGAAGUGCCUUCUCACUUGUUACAAAUUCCACUUUUCUCUUACUAACACAUAUAGUUUGAUGACAUCACUUUGCUCCCAAUAUGUCAAUUAGGCAGAAAAACUGAUAACGCCUUGUAAGUGUAAGCUCUUUAAUGAAAAUAAUGUAAAAAAUGUGAAUUAAUUUUUGCUGCCAGUUAUGGAACUGUGUUUGACUCAUUUUGUAAAUAGACCGGUUUUAUGUUUAUGUUGAUGUUUGUAAAUUUCAGAUGCUCCAGCUUAUUUACACUUGUUUACCGACAGUUUGAUUGUUCAUAGCAACAUCUGUGAUACUGUCACACAAGACUGAGAUUUAAUAAUUUAGCUUUAUGCAUUUCUAUUUGGUGAAUAAAAAUUCAUUGUUGAUAAAA